CAGUCUUACAGUACGUAGCAGCAGCCUAGCACGACGAUGGUGUCCGGCAGCAUCAGCGAGGAGAUCGCCGUGGCCGUCCCGGCGGAGCGCAUGUGGAAGGUGGCCUUCGCCGAGACCAAGUCGGCGCUCCUGCCCAAGGCCUGCGCCGGCUACGUGGACGCCGUCGAGGUCGACGGCGACGGCGGGCCCGGCAGCGUCACCACCAUGAAGCUUAACCCAUCGCUGGGUGAGAACAAGACGCUCAAGAGCCGCGUGGUGGCGUUGGACGCCGCGGCGCGCGUGGUGAGGACGGAGGUGCUGCAGGGCGGCACGGUGAGCGCGCAGCUCAGGACGCACUUCGCCGAGAUCAGGGUGGAGGCCGCCGGCGAGGGCGCCUGCGUCGCCAAGGUCAAGGUUGACUACGAGCGCCUCGACGGCGCGCCGCUCGCGCCCGAGGACGAGGCCAGGCUCGCGCAGGGGUACGUCCGCCUCGUCAGGAUGGUGGAGGCAUACCUCGUCGCGCACCCCGACGAGUUCGCCUGAGCCGCCACCUUUCCUACGUACGUGUAUGAUCAUGCCAUAUGGCCGUGAGUGUUUUGGUUUGGAAUAACGGGAGGAAAGGCUCCUCUGUUUGGUUGCUUCAAUUCGCUUCGAAUCGAGUAUAGACCGACGUUUGUGAGUUGGUGUAUCCGUGCUGCUACAAGUGUGUCUACAUCUAUGGUCUAUUUAUCUACAUGUUCUUUUGUUUGUUUGCUUCGCUGUGCACUGUGAGGUCGCGUAUAGACGUAUUGGUUGUGUUGCAAAGAAUUUGUUAGAUAUUAAGAUCGAUAAUAAUGUAUGUAUUUAUUCGUUUUUAUGUAAUUGUUGUGUUUUAAAAUUUUAUCGAAUAUUUAUAUGUAGUCGCAAUGCUUGUGUAUUGUAUUGGUUUGUGUU